GUUUCUGUCCAUUGCCUCUUGUUCUGGUGGUUGGAACCCCAAGAAGAGCCUGGCUCCAUCCUCUUGACACCCACCCUUUACAUAUUUACGUAUUUUUAUAAACCUCCUUGCUCCACAGAGCGAAACAAGCACUACUUUUCAUGACUUCUUCCUCUCCUUACUUAAAACCAACGAGCCAUUCAUUUUCCAUCCCCUCCACCGGCCCUGGGUUAGUAUCUCUUGAGAUAUAUAUCUGCAUCUCUUCUUUCUCCCAAUCCCACAUCACUAAUCCCACUGUCUGAAGGGAGAAUUACUUUUACUUCACCCGCAUCACACUGAAGUGCAAAUUACUGCGUAGGUUAAUGCAAGGGAGUGCAGAGCAGGGCAGCAAGGGUACUUAAAAGAAGCAACACAGGAAGCGUUUUCAAAAGUAUUUUCAAAAGCUCUCUCUCGGUAAAACACUCCUUUAGACAAACAGCCCUUCCUGCAAAAGUAAUCACAGAAAAGGAAGUUUUCCGCCUUUUCCCAGGACUGAGGGGAGCACGGUGAGCGCUGGAAGAAGGCGGGGGGACGGCAGCCUGUGCCCAGCCGGGGCGGGCUGCACUGCAGCGCCAAGGGGCAAGGGAAGAACACAGCCAAGGGACAGGACAGGGACAAGGACAAGGUCGCGGCAGUGCCCGGCCACUGCCCCGCAGCCCCCGGGAUCUCCGGGCAGGAGGCCAGGGCUGGAACCGGCAGCGCCAUCGGCCGCAGAGGGCGGCCCGGCCACCGCUUCCGACCGGCGUGCGGGGCUCCCCCCGUGAGGAAAGGGCGAGCCAAGAGACUCGAAAUGGCUGACCCUCGUCCCGCCGCCCCUCACCCUCCUGUCCCCCCAGCCCCUCCUCCCCACCGAGCCCCCCCGGAUCCCGGGAUCCCGGCCCGCUGCCCCCCGCCUACCCGCCGCCGCAUCACGUCACGGCAGCCCGCCCCGUGCCCCCUCAGGCACCGCCUCUUCCCGUCCGCCCCAAGCCGGCUCCCUCCGCUUCCCGGCGGCAUGGCCGUGUUCCACGACGAGGUGGAGAUCGAGGACUUCGAGUACGACGAGGAGACCGGGACCUACAGCUACCCGUGCCCCUGCGGGGACCGAUUCCUCAUCACGCGGGAGGACCUGGAGAACGGGGAGGACGUGGCGACCUGCCCCAGCUGCUCCCUGAUCCUGCGCGUCAUUUACGAUCAGGAGCAGUUCAUGCGGGAUGAAGUCGUGGCAGAACCCUUGCCAAACAAGGAAUUGGUCAAGUGCUGAUGAAUGCAUCGUGGACUGUGCUGCUUUGGAAUGAGAAAGUAUGGGGAUGGUGACUGGAAAGAGUUGUGGUUCUCCUUCUGGAAGUGCUUACUGCUGUGGGAUACAAGUGCAAUAACUAUCUAUCUUCUUAACAUGAAUGAGAGUUUACUGGGACAUCAAACACAUGAGUGUGUUUUGUUCCAAAGGGUUAAACUUUUAAAAAAAAAAAAAAGUUGCUCUGUAUAUUCCAGAAGACUUGAGGAUUUUGAUCCUGAUUUACAGUAAGUCAAUACACAGAAGAAGAGUGUGGAGUUAGGAAACUAUAACAUUUAGUGUAGCAGGGGCUUCUUAGCCUAUGGAGAAAAACAGGCUUAUGUGGGUAUAUGUGAGCGUGAAAUGGCACAGAGCUGAAAUGUUGGGAGGCAUGUUUUAGGAGUCCAUAGGACACAAUGCCAUACAGAGUUGACACAGUGCAGCUUUUCCCAGGAUAUGGGCUCAUGUAGUUCCAGCCCAUACUGAAUAUGGAGGGAAAAUGAGGACCAGAGUCAACAUUUACCCAGUGUUGGUAAAUUGUCUUUACACCUGUAAGCACAGGGAAGGUGCAGUUGUCCAUGUAUGUGCAGUGAGUGCAACACUUGAGCUGGGGCAGAUUUGUUUCUUAAAUUGCUUCUAAAGUUUCUUUGAAAGAACUUUGGUAGUUGUUACCAAAUGACUAUGACAUAAUAAUGAUACACUUUUGUGUGAAAUGGAGUCAAUCUUUUUUUUUACCCCUACACAGCUACUAACGUGCAGACAGACUGGAACUCGAAGUGGAUUGUAUUUUACCCCUGUAUACUCAACAACUUUGUGAUUUGACUGUUGCAGUAGACAUAAAAUGGACUGCAGUUCUUUGUGCCAUUUGUGAUAAAUUCCUCAACCUUUCUUUAGUAGAUUCUGUCACUUCCUGGAUAGGAGAUGGACACAUUUCACUUAACUAAUAAAGACAUUCUAUAGGGUAGAAAAGAGUUGUGAGAAGAUACUCCACAUUGAUUCCAAGACUGCUUCUUGAAUUACAAGCCACUGCACUUGAAUAUUUACUUAAAAUUGUGGUCACUCCUGUGUUUUAAUAGGAUUUGGCGUCUGUGAAGGUAAAUUUGGGGAAAAGUAUCUGUGAAGAGUUUAUAUAGCUGUUUUGCCCCAGGCACUAAAGAUAAGCAAAUUUUAAUGCAUUAUUGCAUUUAGUUUUUUUUUGUUCUUACAGCGUUCUUUUGAAUGUUGAACAUUCUAGUUAUUUUAAGAAAAGGAGAGGAAAAAACCCUACAUCUAGUUGGAAGUUUUGAAUGCAGUAAGCACAA